CUCGAAUAUCAUCUAGAGUCAGGCGAUUUUCCAGAACCUCAAGCUUCAUCCAGGCUAUCACUUCAUUCGCAAUGUCCUCCAGCCCAGUCAUCGAGUACUACUUCUCCUUUAUCUCACUAUGGUCCUACAUAGGCAGCCGACGCUUCCAGCGGCUCACCCAAGAGACCAAUGCCAAAGUCAUCCUAAAACCAAUUGACCUCAUGUACAUUUUCUCCAUCUCCGGUGGUCUACCCGUAAAGCAGCGCUCGACACAACGUCAGGCGUAUCGACUCAUUGAGAUGGAGCGCUGGCGCCGUAUCCGUGAUAUACCCAUUGUGCCGCAACCCAAAUAUUAUCCCGCCGACCCCUCGCUGGCGCAUCGCGUCCUUCUUGCGGCCAUUGAAGAAUCAGGACACGACGACCACUCUGUGCAAGAGUAUGCGCGACUGGGCCUGGAGGCCGUGUGGGCGCGCGAACUCAACAUUGCAGACCAGGGGACUAUUGUCGGUAUAGCAAAGGAGGCUGGACUUGACGGCGAGCGACUGUUGGAGAGAGCCAAGUCGGAGAGUGUUUUGGCUGACCAAGAAGCUGCGUUGACGAAGGAGGCGGAGGAAAAGCAAUACUUCGGAGCGCCGCUGUAUUCUCUACAUGGGGAGCCGUUCUGGGGGCAGGAUCGUAUUGAGAUGCUGGAGGAUGUUAUCAAAAGUGGGAGGGAGCCUAUUGUAAUACAUGACACGGAAUAG